UUUUAAUGUAAAUACACGAAUACGUCGCGUCGUCUACAAAUUGCCAUACUUUUUGAUAAGAUUGUAUUUCACUCAGGUUGUCAAGAGGGCAAGAAGCAACGUCGAUUUAUAACUAUAAAGAUGAGUGACGGAAAUGUUGUUCUUGUGACCGGAGGCUCCGGACUAGUUGGUCAAGCAAUAAAGACUGUUAUAGAGCGCGACAGACAGAAACGAAAUAGUGAUUAUGAUAGUGAGACGUGGAUAUUUAGCGGUUCCAAGGAUGGCGACCUCCGAGAUAAAACUCAAACAGAAGCUCUAUUUGCUAAACACAAGCCUACCCAUGUAAUACAUUUAGCGGCAAUGGUCGGGGGACUGUUUCACAAUAUGGCACACAAUUUGGAUUUCUUUAGAGAGAAUAUGUCAAUAAAUGAUAAUAUUCUACAAGCGUGUCACAAAUAUAAUGUAAAGAAGGUUGUAUCUUGUCUCUCGACAUGCAUAUUUCCUGAUAAGACAACAUAUCCUAUUGAUGAGACUAUGGUACACAAUGGUCCACCUCAUAGCUCGAAUUUUGGAUACAGCUAUGCCAAAAGAAUGAUUGAUGUUUUAAAUCGAGGAUACAAUGAGUCUUAUGGUUGUAUGUUCACCUCAGUUAUUCCUUGCAAUGUGUUUGGGCCAUAUGACAACUUCAGUUUAGAAUCCAGUCAUGUAAUACCGGCUCUUAUAAGGAGGAUGGAUGAUGCUAUGCAAAAAGGUGAUCCCACGUUCACAGUGAUGGGAAGCGGCAAACCACUGCGACAGUUUAUUUAUUCAUUAGAUCUCGCCGAGUUGUUCAUUUGGGUCCUCAGGAACUACAACAGUAUCGAACCUAUUAUAUUAUCAGUUGACGAAAAAGACGAAGUAACGAUAAGCAGAGUGGCGGAGAUGAUUAAGCGAGCCCACGGAUACGGCGGAGAUAUUGUCUAUGACACGACCAGAGCCGACGGCCAGUACAAGAAGACCGCGUCCAACACUAAACUCAGAACUUUGUAUGAAGAUUUCGAAUUUACGCCAUUCGAUAAAGCCAUAGACGAGACUGUCAAAUGGUUUAAAUUGAAUAAAAAUAGCGCUAGACUAUAAAGAUAAUUGCCAUAUUUUUUUGUGUGCCUUUUUGCAUGUUCUCCGAUACGAUAAAAGACCCACGCAAUGUAAAGAAAAAAAAACAAUCCAAUUAUUAAACAGCAUUAUAACUUGUAGUUUUAGUAAACUUAGAGCUUAGUAGUACCUACGUUAUUUGAUCAUUGAAAUUGUUUUAUACGUGUGCAAACAUUGAACACAUGACAAAAAGAUUACAAGAGGCCGCUUGUUUGAGGUUUGUUGAAUUAACAUAAGAAUUUACAAGAAAACCAACGAGUAUUCAUGUUUAGUUUACAAAAUUAUUAAGCUAUUGCAUAGCUUUUAUCGCGAGAUUUGAGCACGGCGACCGAAUCAAGGAAUUCCGUAACGCAAAUAAAACCUAACA